UGUUGGCACCAACAGGAAACGCAGUAAGCGACAUUACGUGUUGUCUCUUGAUAUAUUCGUGGGUUGCUGAUCCUUUUCGUGUUCUCACCGCGUGAUCGGAGAAUCGCUGAUCAUGCAGAUCUUUGUGAAAACUCUCACGGGGAAGACCAUCACCCUCGAGGUCGAGGCAUCGGACACGAUCGAAAAUGUGAAGGCGAAAAUUCAAGACAAGGAAGGAAUUCCACCGGAUCAACAACGAUUGAUCUUCGCGGGCAAGCAAUUGGAAGGUGAUAGAACCCUUUCGGAUUACAAUAUCCAGAAGGAAUCUACUCUGCACUUGGUGCUGCGCUUGCGAGGUGGUGCGAAGAAGCGCAAGAAGAAGAAUUACUCCACUCCCAAGAAAAUCAAGCACAAAAAGAAGAAGGUCAAGCUUGCCGUGUUGAAAUAUUACAAGGUCGAUGAAAAUGGAAAAAUCCAUCGCUUAAGACGGGAGUGCCCCAUGGAGCAGUGCGGUGCCGGUGUAUUCAUGGCAGCGAUGGAAGAUCGCCAUUACUGCGGCAAAUGUGGAUACACGCUUGUAUUCAAUAAACCGGAGGAUAAAUAAAUUCCUAUAAAUCUAUUUCCACGUAUACAUUUUAUAAAUGCUACGUCUUGUUACAUGUGUCUCAAUCUUCUUUUAUUUGAUUAAAUAGUUUAAUCAA